UACCUGCAUGCAAAUGGAAUUGUGCAUCGUGACUUGAAGCCAGAAAACCUACUCUAUGCAACGCCAGCACCGGAUGCACCACUAAAAAUCGCUGACUUUGGACUUUCCAAGAUUGUGGAAGAUCAGGUGACCAUGAAGACAGUUUGUGGAACUCCAGGGUACUGUGCACCAGAGAUACUACGGGGAUGUGCCUACGGCCCUGAGGUGGACAUGUGGUCUCUGGGGAUUAUCACCUACAUCCUACUUUGUGGCUUUGAACCAUUUUAUGAUGAAAGGGGAGAUCAGUACAUGUUUAAGAGAAUCCUGAACUGUGAAUAUGACUUUGUGUCCCCCUGGUGGGAUGACGUGUCUCUGAAUGCCAAGGAUUUAGUUAAAAAGUUGAUUGUUUUAGACCCCAAGAAACGCCUCACCACUCUACAGGCUUUGCAGCACCCAUGGGUCACAGGGAAGGCAGCAAACUUUGCACAUAUGGACAAUGCACAAAAGAAACUUCAAGAAUUCAAUGCCCGGCGUAAACUUAAGGCUGCAGUAAAAGCUGUGGUGGCAUCAACUCGCCUUGGCAGCGCCAGCGGUCACAGCGCGCACGACAGCAACAAGCCCAGCCGUAACCCAUCUCCCGUCCAUGAUGGCAAACCUGAAGAGAAACCCACUCAGGAAGCAGAAGCAGCUCCAGAAGAAAUGUCUUAGGUCAACGUGCUUCCUUGUUUCAGCUGAGAUCCAUCAUUUCAUACACCAGCUAACUUGUCAUUCAGCAAGAGAGAUUCGUAAGCUUGGCCUCUCUGGUUCUGCUUUGGGGUGCCAAAUGCACUGGCUGGUGAUCCUACCUUCAAUGCAUGUGACUGCUUAUGAAAAUAGUAAACUGUUCCAUAAGGCAUGUCAUGGAAACAGUGUUAUUUGCAGUAAUACCGGCAGGUAAAAACAUGGGGAUGAAUAACUACCUACCAUAGUGCGUAUACUUCAUAUACAUCUAUCCGGUGUUUCUAGAUGGUAUUUGAAACAAAAUACUAUUUAAUUUGGUUUUAUGGAAGUGUAUGUCUUCUGUAUGUCACCAGUUUCUUUGAACUGCUUCCUUCCAGAUUCAUAGUCCUGCAGCAGACGAAAUGGAAGGAAAUUCCAAGCCAAUGCUUUUAAAACUCAUGUACGAAAUAAUGCUUUUUAUCUGUAAAAUUCAAAAAGUAUUUGGGGAUCUAUAUGCAAAAAA